GUAUGAGAGUGUGUGCGCGCGUGUGUAUGUGUGUGUGUGUGUACGUACGUACGUGCAUAGAGAAGAGCAUACCAAAGAAGAACAACGAAUAAGUGCAAAAUAUUGAGAAUGUAUAAAAUCAAACAAGAGAAUUUUAUUUAAAAGCAAAUCGCAAAAUGCAGUUCAGAAGUAAAUAAAUGAAUUCCGAUUGAUUGAAAAAUUGAAACAAGAACGAAUGAACGAACAACGUGCAAAAGCAAAAAAUGUAAAAGCUGUGAAGUUUUUUGACUAUCGCGGAGAAGAGAAGAAGAGAAGAGACCACAGACCAGAGCAGCAGAGAGCAGAGAGAGUAAUCCACAUCCACCAGCAACACCAGCAGCGGCAGCGGCAAUAGAAACAGCAGCAGCAAAAACAACAACGGGAGCCCUGCAUCGAUUUUUGCACAAAAAAGGACGAGUGCGAGAAGGACUCGGACCACUUACCACCUGCAGGACGGGGGAUAGCACGUGAGAUAGCUACGGCUAGUUUGAAUGGCUGCGUGCUUGGUGUAAUCUUACACACAGAGGAUCUGGAAUCAGAAGGACCACAUCCGCAGCAGUCGAUGGGGAACGCAUUGCACGGAUCUCGUUAGUUUUUGUUCAGGUGGAAGCGGAGCAUUGUUGAAACUGUUGUCACAUUGUGCAAUCCUAUGCGUCAUGGAUAUGGAUACCGACCCCAUCACCACCAGCACCAACACCGCCGCCGCAACCCCGAACAACAGCGCCAAUGUAUCGCCGGAAAUGAAAACAUCCGUAAUAGGCGGCUCGGCUCAGGAUCCUUCCCAUCAACUCCAGGAGCCGGGUGGUCCAGCAGCUAUUUCUGGCGGAGCUCUCAUGGCGAGGGGCGGAUUGCAGGAUCAGAAACAUGAGGCGACCACCUUUGGAACGGAUACGGUUGUAGGUAGUGGAGGUGGAGGUGGAGGCGUAGGUGGUGGAGGGGUAACCGCAACCAAUACAUCUGCAUCUCUAGCCAUCAAUUUGCCGCCACCUAUGGCAACAGUUGCCGGCAUAACGACACAAGCUGCGUGUCCUGGUACUGGUAGCCCGGAUUCAGUUGAUCCACAACUUGGAUCCGGGGCAUUGACCGCAUCAACACCCCCUCCGCCGCCACCAUUAAUAGUUUCCAUAGAAAUGGGAACACCAACUGUAGAAGGAGGAGGUGGAGUGACUCCAAGUAUUGGACCGGCGGUGGAUCGGUGCGCGUCUGUAUCAGUAACAGCUUCCUCCGCCGCCGCACCAACCUGCCCAGCAUCGAUGUCUGCAGCUGCUUCAGUGUCUCUGGGCCCCAGCGCUAGUGACUUUGACUCCGAUACUGAGCUAUCAAUUGUUGCCGCCGCCGCAGCAGCAGCUGCUGCUGCCACAUCUGGGAUCGGGAUGGAUACCAGCAUGUCAUCGUCAGGAGCAUCCUUGAUGUCUGGAUCACAUGCAACCGUACAUGGAUCUAUGACGGGAGCGGGAACGGCAGGGGGACUAGCAAAUGUCGGCGUCACCACAAAUGGCCAUAACAAUGGCAUAUCCAGUGCUCAAUUAAGCCUAAACGCCAAGCAGCAGCGUCAACAAAAACGUCGACGUGAACGUGCCCAACGCUUGCAAGCGGAACGGGAUAAUCGAUGCAACUCCUCCAGUAAUCUAAAUGCCACGUUCAUUGCCGGUGGAGCAGGUGGCGCUACUGGUGGUGGUGGUGUGGCCAUGAAUUCGGCGGUCAGCAUGGGAACAGGAGUAGUUGGGGGACAAAACAGUGUCAUGGGAGCAACUGGAGGAGUUGGCGGCGGUGCAGCGCCAUCUGUACUAAUGGGCAGUGGACCAGUCGGUGGACCAGGAGGACCAGGGGCAGGUCCAGGCAACGGUAUGUUAUAUCAUCACAUCAAUAGCGCUGGCAGCAUGGGCGAGGAUAGCAACAACUCGAAUGGCAACUUCACCAGCAGCAGCAAUGGGAGCAAUAACAAUCUGCUGCCACCCACAGAUAGCAUUGCCUCAUUGCUGUUGAAUCCUCCACAUUCCCCUGAAUGCAACUCCGGUCUAAUGGCCACGCCUAGCGACAGCGAGGGCGAGUCACUGGACGAGGAUCUAUUAUCGACAUCGUCGUCGUCAACACUGUUGCUUCCGCGUGACAAACCGCCGCCCCGUCCGCCACCUCCAGUACGGCGAAAAUUGCCCCGUUCUCCCGUAUUGGAAGAGGAGAUAAUCGACGGAUUUGCCAUAUUGGAAUUUAAAACCUAUGAAGAUCUUGAGUUUGCCAUUAAAUUGGGCCAGAAGCGCAAGGAGAAGCGACUUUCAGCGCUCGAGGAGCUGACCUGCACCUAUAGCAUAGAGGAAAUGAAAAUGCCAAAGAUCAUUGAUACAGGCCAACCGCAUCCAUUGCGCGGCUCUAAUCUAUCCGCUUUAUCAGUGGUGGGCAAUAAUAAUAAUUUAAAGGAGCAACUACAUCACCGUGCCGUUGGCGGACCCCUCGUUGUUGGUGGUGUUGGUGGAGGUGGUAAUAACGGCGGCGGUAUAGCAAUUAGUGCCAAUAGUAACAAUAACAACAACAACACAAGCACAUCAAACAACAAUAGCGGUGGCGGGACGUCAGUUUACAUGUUGCCAUCGGCCGCCAGUACCACCGAUACUCAUGCAACAGAACCAGUGGCACAUUGGCGGUCUCAAUAUCAACAGCAGCAGCAGGAUCAGUUGAUGAGCAGUAGCAAUGCAAAUCAAAAUCAAAUUAGUAAUAGUUGUAAUAGUCAACAGCAGCAGCAGCAGCAACAACAUGUGAUGAAUAUGAAUCAUGUGAACAAAUCCAAGCAUGCCGCGGAUAAGACGGCGGUCACCAAUGGCGGCGGACCAACAGCAGUUGGCCCCACUGCCAGUGGUGUUGGUGUCGGCGCCGCUGCACUCAUGGAAAUGGAGACCAAUGGCAAUGAUGCGCAUAUGUUGGAUAUUAGUCGGCCAACGCUGGCCGUUGGCACCAGCAGCAGCAGCAACAGCACCAGUAGCAACAGUGGCGGCAAUAACAUCUCUGCCAGCAAUGGCAACGGCAGUGGCAAUGCCAAUUCGAACGAUGUGGCAAGCAGCAAUCAGCACAAUAAUCCCACCAGUAAUUGUAAUGCUAAUCAACCAAAUACCGCGUCGGGUGACGUGAGCAGCAACAGCAGCACUGAAUAUAAUAUGACUGUCAAGGGCACUAAAUCAAAUGACUCCGCUGCCGCAACAACAACGGGAUCCGGCAUCGGCAUCGGCAUAGGAGCAACUUCAAAGAGCAAUCAUCUAGGAGCUGCACAACUCUCGUCAUCAUCAUCACCAUCGUCCCAAAGUUGCAAAACAAUUGUUAUGGAUACCAAUGAAGGUGCUAUAAGUAGCAAUUCACCCGCCACUGCAAUUGCAGCACAUCCGACCCUGGGUAUUCCAGACUUGCCUAAUGGUUCAGCGCAGGUCGUUGGUGCCACCAAUAAUAUGCUUAAGAAUGAUCAUGAUCAUACGGAACGUUUUAUUGAAGCUUCUAAUCAUUGCAACAGCAAUGGCAAAGGAACUCAUAUCUGUGAUAGUGGCAAUGUGGAGAAAAAGAAUUCCGAGACCUUGGUGGGAGCUAUGGUUUUUCCAUCAACUCAGUCGCAUGUGCCGAAUACCUCACCAAGUCAGCAGGGCCAGCAGCAGCAGCAGCAGACGACGACAACAACCACAACAAGUGCACGCAAAUCGUCAGAGUUUCUUCAUCUGCAGCCCAUUGGCUUAACAGGAGUCGGGAAUCAUAGUAGUGGGAGUGAUAUAGCGUUAUCUUCUUCAUCAAACACUGCCUCUGAUGUGGGAUCAUCCGCAGUUGAGUCGUCGUCAGCGUCGUCGCCUUUGAUAGCAACAAACGAAAAUGGCGAACAACAACAAUCCACUGGAGGGACUGGAGGAGCCCCAGGGGCUACGCCAAUUGUUGCCCCUGUUGAUGGCAGCAAUAGUCAAGGUGCCGUGGCCCAAAAAUCUGCCACAGAGAAGACAAUGCCACAUCCGAUGCUAGGAAUAACAACGGCUCCGUCUCCCGGACAUGUUGGGCUUCCUGGCAUCGUUCCUGUUAGUGUCGAAGCGAAUGUAACAACAACGACACCAAGCACAGUCUCAACUUCGGCAAUAUCAACGUCAUGCGGCGGACUUGGACUGCCAUCAGCUGCUAACGAUCAAUCGAUUAUGUUUAGCAGUAAGAUGACAACGCCACAGGGAUUAGCAGCGGCGGUGCAACGCCCACCGAAUCCAUUGAUGUUGGGAGCACAAAUGGCACCCGUCACUGUGGCGGCGGCGGCAUCGUUAUUGGGAAAUACAUUUGGCACGCGCAUUCCAGCACCCCCUGCAGGAUUAGCCUGUCCGCCAUCAACGGCUGGUGUAUUGCUUGCAAAUGCAAGCUUAAAACCCAAUGAAAUUGCAACAAGUCGGAAUCCCGCCUCUACGGUAACGGGGGCACCGUCGUCGUCCUCGUCUUCAUCAACGCCGCCAACACCAUCUAACAUGGAUAUGCUGAAAAACCCAAAUGUCCUGUCGAUGCCACCAAAUACUCAAAUUGUCAAUGGCUUCCUGGGUGGUUUUCCACCUGUUAGUGGGACAACAUCAACGUCAGGAGUUAACAGUGCGCUCUCCCGCAUUUCGCCUCACACAACCAAUAAAAUGGUGCCUGUGCCUGUGCCCGUGCCUGUUCCGGUGCCUGUGUCAACGUCAAUGUCGGCAAUUACCACAAUGCCUAAUUCGGUGGUGCCUGUUAGCGCAGCUGGAGCUGCUGUUGCAGGCCUGGGUAAAGUGUCAUUUGGCGGCAGUGCAAGUGGUGGUGCUGGUCCGCCAUUGCUUUUUCCUGGUGGACCACCUCCUCCCAUGUCUCAUGUGGCUGCCAAUCUGCCCAUGCUCAUUCAGGCAGCGCCCUACCGUGCACCGUAUCCAAAUUACUCGCUCUACACGCCGUAUGGCAGCCUAACACAUGGGCCGUACUUGCCUCCAGUGUUAUCAGUUGCUUCGCCUACAACAGCCUCAUCGCCGCACCGAAGCUCGGACAUGGCACGUAGUAGCAGAGAGUCGCCAGCGUCGGCAGUGUCCAUUAAGGCACCACCACCAAGCAUUAGCAAUAGUGUCCAACCAGGUGCAGGCCUGGCCUCCGUGCCGGCGGGAAUGCGACCGAUUACACCAUUACCCGGCGGGGGAUGUGUCAUCAGUGCAAGCAGUGCUCCUCCAGUACAGAAUGUCACUACCGUGGUGGCGGCCACUGCUGCAACGACAAUGCUUCCCUUGAAUUCGACUCAUUCGUUAAACCACCCGCACUCUCAAUCUCAUUCGCAUCACAUGCCCGUCUAUGCAGCGGGUCCCUUUGGUGUUGGGACUUCGGUGCCGUCUUCGGUGACGGGGGCUUCGGGACCAACACCUCAUGCCAUAACCUCGAUGGCAGCAAUAACAUCUCAAUCGCUUCAACCUCCGCCACCAAACAGUGUCCAGCUGCCGUUGCAAUCGGCGCCUGGGCACUUAUCACACGGGCCGGCGCAUUUGUUGACCACACAUCCGCAGUUCGCGACGCCAAUACCAUCACAGCAUCAGCCCCAUUUGCGGGGCAUCAAUACAUCUGCUGCCGCUUCAGUUGCAGGAAGCAACUUUAGUUCCUCCACGUCAUCCGCCUCCUCGGUUCUCACCGUUCAAAGUCUAACGACAGCAGUGACAGCCUCUCCCUCAUCGAUGUCAGCAUUGACAUCAUCAUCAUCAACAUCUUCCACAUCUGUGAUCCAAAAAGUCAUUUCCCCGAAAAGCGAAAGUAACACCAACAUUAAGGAUCGGGAUAACAGUUACAGCAUUACAACUGUGCGUUCAAACAUGGGGGCGUCUUCGUCAUCUUCCAUUUCUGGUGUGCAGCCGGCCAUUAAUUUGGGUCCUCCAUUCUGCGGCCUGGUUCCGGGUCCUUAUGGUGGCGGUGUUUCAUCAGCCUCAACUUUACCAUCGACAUCGCAGCACACGGUGUUGGCAACGGCAGCAGGAUCGGGACUCACACCAUAUCCACCAAAGACGGGCCUCUGGCUUAACUCUCCCGCGACGAGUUUGCCAGGGCCGGUGACGACUUCAACGCCAUCCAUGGUUGUAGUGUCCAGUGGCAAUGCACGCCCAACUCCCCCGCCGCCAAUAAAUGUCGUUGGGACAGUAGGAGGAGGCUCUGGUGCUGGUCCCAGAACAGUUGGAAACGCCAUUUCGCCGCAUAUGAAUGUACAUAUGCCUGGUGCUCCUCCUAGCAAUAAUCAAAUGCCUGUGUCCACCUAUCAGCCAUCGUAUUUCACUGCGCCCCUGCCCCCGCCAUCGUUGUCGCCAGCCGCCAACAAUAACCAAACGGCAGCUACGCCUAAUAGCGUCAUGGUAUCACAACAGAUGACCAUGGUGUCACAUGCUCCUCCCAGUAUAGCGACGACAACGGCAGCCACUACGACUACGCCCUCGUCGUCGUCGAGCACAGUGGGAACGAUGCCGUCGACGGUCACAACAGUUUCAAAUGCCAUGACACCCACCCCACAUCCGUUUUCUGCAGAAUCUCUCUUUCAGCCAAGCAAAAAUGAUCAAGCUGAUUUGCUGCGGCGCGAAUUGGACAGCCGGUUCUUGGAUCGCUCUGGUUUGGCUGUGCCACCAACUCCUCCGUCUUCCACAUAUAUGCGACAGGAGUUGCACCAACAUCAGCAUACGCAUCUACAUCAACAUCAGCAAUUGAUGCCAGGCGCCUCGAUGGCUCCUGCUCCAACGCCAGCUAUGCCAAGUGCACCGCCAACCCCAACGCAAAUCUUUCCGCCACCAUUAUUUAAGGAUAUUUCGAAAAUCUCCGCCGUCGAUCCACAGUUCUAUCGCACUGGCAUUGGAUUACCUCCUGGUUACACUGGCUACAGUUCAGCAGGACUGCUUCAUGCCGGCCUCGGUGGACCAACUCCCUUUAUGCCUCCCAAUCAUUUAACCUCAUUCGCUCCCAAGAACACUCAGUCGAUUAUAUCAACGCCCCAUUCCAAUAAUAUUCCCACAACAUCAACCAUUGACCCAUCCAAAUCCUCACAGUCCAGCUUAAUGAAAUCUGGCCGAUGGAAUGCUAUGCAUGUUCGCAUUGCGUGGGAAAUUUAUUACCAUCAGAAUAAGCAAAACUCGGACAAAGCAGCGGGAUGCCCAAUGCCGGGAAGCUCCAGUUUUGGCAACAGUAGUGUGAGCGGCGGUAAUCCUAUUACACCCAAUGUGCCCAUAAAUCCAGGCAAUAUUGGCAGCGGCGCCAGUGCAGCAAGUGGAAGUGGCAGCGGCGCCAAUACGCCUGUGGGUAACGUUGGGACGCCAUCUGUGCCUGGUGGAGCUGGAGUCGGUGUAGGAGGAGCAGGAGGAGGACCAGUACAAGGAGCUGGUGCUCCUGGUGUUGCCGUGCCAAGCGGUCCAACACCGCCAAUUGGCAUUAAGGCGUCUCCAACGUUGGCUCUCAGUACUACUUCCCCGCACCUUAUGCAUCGUCCUGGUGAAAUGCCUCCGGCGGCAGUGUUUGCCAACGCUUUACCAGGACGUUCUCCAUUUGAAGCUUCUCCAUUGGCUGCUAGCUUUAUUGGAGCACCACCUAGUCAUAUUGGUACGUCUGUAGCGCCAUACGGACGUUAUGUGACACCAUUCGGUUUCACUGGGCUAACACAUUUUGGGCGUGAAAUAUCAUUAGCCGGACCUCUGGAUGCGUGGAGAACCAGCGCUAUGCAACGCACUGUGGCUUACCAUCCAGCAUCUGCUUCUGCUUCUAAUAGUUGGCCUAUUAAAACCGAUCCGGCACUGGACAAUGCGCGCCGUGAAGCAGAGGAACGGGAACGAGAACGGGAACUGCGUGAGCGUGAGCAACGGGAACGCGACCGGCAAAGGCGUGAGCGGGAGGAGCGCGAACGGAAGGAGAAAGAAGAGAAACUGAAAAGAGAGCAACAGGAACGCGAGCGAGAACGGGAACGUGAACGAGAUCGCAAGGAGCGAGAACGCCGAGAACUGGAGCGCCGGGAACUGGAGCGUGAGCGAAUGCUGCAGCAGCAACGCAUUAACGAGAGUAAUAAACAGGCCGCAGCCCAGGCAGCCGCAGUGGCUGCUGCUUCAGCGCCUGUACGGGAUCGAUCUCCACAUCGCAGUGUCGUUGAGAUGAAUGCCGAAAUACGGAUCAAGGAGGAACAUCCACGCACAAAGGAAGAACAGGAUGUUAUGAUGAUGCGAGCAUCGGCGGCGGCAGCAGCUGUCGGAGAUCCUCGAUAUCAUCCAUCCUCGUUGGCGGCUGCACAGGCCAGUGCAGCAGCUGCAGCGGCCCAUCAUCAUCAUGCUAACUUUAUGGCGGCCGGACGGCAGUGUCUUCCACCGCCUCCCACUCAUCUCUCCCGCACAAUGAUGGCUCCUACACUGAGUGUUGGUGGUCCCCUCACUCAUUAUCCUCCACCUGGUCCGCCGGGUUGGGGCAUGGAUCAUCGCGAUUAUUAUGCUCCCCUCCUGCGUUUCAAUCCCAUCAUGGAAGCCGCUUUUCGACACGAACAUGAGGAGCGACAAAAGGCGAUGAGCAUUUAUGCAGCGCAGUCCGCCGCGCAUCUUCGGGGCAAAGAGCCAAGCCCCAUUCCGCCACCUUCAGUGGGCACGUUAGGGCCACCGCCUCCGCAUCACCGAAUGCAACCCACACCGGGCGUUGGUGUUGUCACGUCGGGAGUCCAGACACCCCAGCAGCAGCAGCAACAGCAGCAGCAACAACAACAGCAGCAAAUGUCCACUGGCAUAAUUGUUGGUAAAGUUCCGGGACCGCCGCAACCAACAACUGGCAUGCCUGUCCAACACAUGAUAGCUGUCGAUCCCUUGAAUCAUUCAUCAAUAACCACCAAAAAAGAGCAAGACCAUGCCAUGGGCAUGGUGGUGAGCGGCCCAGGUCCCGGUGUUGGUCUUAACACUGGACCGGGCGGCGUUAUGGGAAUCUCACCAGCAUCAUCUGUGGCACCAAGUCGAUGAUAGGCCAAUCUAUACAGCAAUACUAUAAAUAGGAAAUAAGACAAAGAAAUUUCUAAAAUUUCGAGCACGUCCAUCCCCCUAUCCCCCCUUACCAUUUUCCCCUUUCCAGCAACCCAACUGCGUUUUUAUGCAUGUCAUUAAAAUUAUACACAAACACUCAAACCCACACACACACCCCCCUAUCCUUUGUCCUACCUCUCCAUAGCACAUCCCAAGCCUGAGAGAACACCAAGGAAGUAAGCGUAACGCUUUUGUAAACUAAAAACUUAUACAUAAAUGAAAUAAUUAAUAAUUUAUUUGUAAUGUAACAAGGAUAAAGUAUCUUAUGUAUUUAAAAAAACAAAACAAAACAAACAAAAACAAGAAACAAAAAACGACAAGUAUGGUUAAAGGAAAACGAAACACGUAACAUGACGAAUGUAUACAGUUAUAGUUACAACGUUAUAGUGAGUCAGUUAGUUGUCCCCGAUAUGGAGAAACAACUUCCAACAAAACGCUUCGCCAUUUUGGAGACUUUCUAAGCGAUCGACCAUAUGCACUGAGCCGCACAUUUUGGCGAUUUGGCUGCUUCCCUCUUACGUCUGGCCGCUGGGGCAAAACACAACACAGCACAUACAUAUGUACGAACUUUACUUAUUUAUAAUAAAUAAUACUUAUUAGUAUUAACUAGGCCUUUAGGUUCCAAUAUAUAAUUUUAGUGCAUUUGUAUUAUUUGUAUAAUGUGAAAAACAAAAAUUGAGAAUGAAGAAGACAUGUCUAUGAAAUAACUAUAAUUAGAUUGUACAUACAUACAUAAUAUACAUAUAGAUAUAUAUAUAUAUGUAUAUAUAUAUAUAUAUAUAUAUAUACAUAUAUGCAUAUGCAUACGCAAAAACAAAAAACUCAUAUACUAUGUGUAUGCCAUCAACAUACAGCUGGUGGAAACCAAUCCGCAGUGCACGACGCAGCAAUAUACAGAGCAUACAGAGAUACAUAUAUACAUAGAUGUAUGUACAUAUAUACGUAUACAACUUCAUUCCAAUCGUGCAUUGUGUGUUUUGAUUAAGACCUAUUUUCAUGUAUGCCGUUGAUGUAAAAAACAAAAACAAAACACAAAAAAAAGUGGGAAAACGAUAAUAGAAUCAUUGCUAAUAACUAAAAAAAAAAUACAUAUA